UUCAAAUCAAAAUGGCGGACAUUACGGACAAUAUUCGUUUUAGUGUUUUAGGAGGGAAUCUAGCCAAACGAGUCACGAAGAGCAAGAUUCUUGUUGUUGGAGCUGGUGGUAUUGGAUGUGAGCUGAUCAAAAACCUUGUCCUGACUGGUUUUAAGGACAUCGAAGUGAUCGAUCUUGACACCAUAGAUGUGAGCAAUCUGAACAGACAGUUUUUAUUUCAAAAGAAGCAUGUUGGUAAAUCGAAAGCAAAGGUGGCAAGAGAGAGUGCUCUGAGAUUUAACCCCAGUACAAACAUCACAGCACACCAUGAUAACAUCAAAAGCUCUGAAUAUGGUGUCAGUUACUUCAAACAGUUUGAUGUUGUGAUGAACGCACUGGAUAACAGAGCUGCAAGAAACCAUGUAAACAGAAUGUGUUUAGCGGCAGAUGUUCCUUUGGUGGAAAGUGGAACUGCAGGAUAUCUGGGACAGGCAUCUGUCAUCAAAAAGGGUGUUACAGAAUGUUAUGAAUGUCAACCAAAGCCCACCCAAAAGACCUUCCCAGGAUGCACCAUACGCAACACUCCUUCUGAACCCAUCCACUGUAUUGUAUGGGCCAAACAUCUGUUUAAUCAGCUGUUUGGUGAAGCUGAUGCAGAUGAAGAAGUAUCACCAGAUACUGAAGACCCUGAGGCAAUGGGUGACGCAGGCAUGAAGGCUCUGGAGAAGGACCAUGUACCUGACGCAAUAGGUGGCGUUAUGAGACAAUCAACAAGAUCAUGGGCAGAACAGACUGGUUACAAUGUAGUUAGACUCUUUAAUAAGUUCUUCUGUGAAGACAUCAAAUAUUUAUUAUCAAUGGACAAACUGUGGAAAAAGAGAACUCCACCAAAUCCAUUAAACUGGGAUACAGUUUUUCAAGAAAAUAAUGAAGCAGAAAAUGGAAAUGAAGAUAGUGAGCUGCAGGAUCAACGGAUAUGGAGUAUUCAGGAGUGCUCUAGAAUAUUAGGAAAAAGCAUUGAAGUGCUGAAGACAAAUCUCGAAAACAAAGAAGAAGAACUAGUGUGGGACAAGGAUGACUCGCCAUCAAUGGAUUUCGUAACAUGCGCAGCCAACAUCAGAGCCCACAUAUUUGGAAUACCAAUGAAAAGCCGUUUUGAUGUGAAAGCUAUGGCUGGCAACAUCAUCCCUGCAAUUGCAACAACUAAUGCUAUCAUUGCAGCCAUCAUAGUCAUGCAGGGGUUAAACAUACUUAAUGACAGAAUUGACAGAUGUAAAACGAUUUAUCUUAACCGGCAACCAAAUCAACGGAAGAAACUUCUUGUCCCAUGCGCCCUUGAAAAACCAAAUCCCAAAUGCUACGUCUGUGCAGUAAAACCAGAGGUUACAGUUCUUGUCAACACUGAAACAUUAACCUUAAAGAACUUGGAAGAAAAGAUUCUAAAAGAGCGAUUUGGCAUGGUAGCACCUGAUGUCGAAGUAGAUGAUGGCAAGGGUACCAUUCUUGUGUCCAGCGAGGAAGGAGAAACCGAUGAAAUUUCUUCAAAGGUGUUGAGUGACUUCCAUGUUACCAGUGGGACAAGGCUAAAGGCAGAUGACUUCUUACAAAACUACGAGCUUGUCAUUAACAUCAUACACAAGACGGAUCUUGAUCAAGACGUUGAGUUCGAAGUCGAAGGCGACAUACCUGAGCAAAUAGCCCCCUCUGACGACAACCCUGAAGAAAUCACCACAAAGGAAGCCCAACCCACUGAUGACGGAACUGUCGAAAAAGAAGAAGUAAUGGUGAUUGACAGGUCCAGUUCUCGUAAACGAAGAGCCGAGGAGGAUGAUGAACAUGAUGAGCUUCUCUCCAAUACGAAGCGUAGUCGAGUAGAACAUGACGACGACGUAAUUACGCUUUGAUAACAGCAAACAAACACAAGAACAAAAACAAAAAAAAGGACAUGUGGUUUCAGUUUCUUAAGAGUAUUUUUAUCACAGGGACGUAUACAUUCAUCACUAGAAUUUUUUACAUUUUUUCCUUUGCUGUAUUCACCAUUGCUAGAAUGAUUUUGUAUGAGUGCAUAUGUAUGGUUGCCGAAAGAUAACGUUUCAUUUUCGUCUAUGAAACCUGGUAACGUUUCGGUACAAUAUGCAUUCUUGUAGCAUUCUCAGUUUGUGAAAAUUCCAGUUACCUGUAAAAGUAUUCAGUUUUCAUUUCAUGGGACUGAAGCUUUUCUCUCAAAGCCAACGAAGUCCUACACAAACCCUUGGCAUUCAAAUGGCUUCCACUCACUAACACUCACUCAAAAAGUUUUCUUGAAGCAAAUGGUCCAAUCAAAACGUUUGAAUCCAAAAAUCUAGUUGAGCUUUCAAGCUGCAGACUUUGAUUUUAAGUAAUAAAAUUAGUGAAAGUUCCAAAUUUGCCUAGACAUUACCUAAUUAUAUAAGUGUUUAUGUUGUAAAAAAUUUUAACUUCACUGAUGAGAUAUUGUUUACACUUGUCUCAGUCUCAACUGUAACCCAUUUCUGUUGAAGUGAAGUCACUAAACCCGUGCCUAGACAUUACCUAUUAUAUAAGUGUUUAUGUUGUAAAAAAUUUUAACUUCA